CUGUUACGAAACCUUCUUAGAGAAUGUUCUGCAAAACGUGGCUGUUUGCAGGCUUUCUGAUGAACCCCAGUGCCUCGCCGCAUGAGCUUGAAAAGAUUACAUCGCGAAAUUGUAUAGUCUGCUGUGGUACUCGCUAACUCCUGACCUCACCUGUAAAAGUACCCAACCCAUGUCAAAACUCGCGCCCGAAGACAAUAUGCCUGCCGAUCUCACAUCUCAGAUUUCUGAGAAGUUGAAGCUCGCAUCUUUAUGUGUGUCUGGAUCCUUCGGCGUAGUUCAUCGGUGUACUAUCGAGACCAGCGAAGGCACAACAGAGGUCUGUCUGACCAAGUCACCAAUUUGCCCAAGCUUAUCGGUCGUCAAUCUGGUAUCCAUCAGGUCGCGGUGAAGGUGUUCAAGGUUGAUCUUGGGAGAGCUAUAGAGAAAAAUAAAAAGGCAAUGCGUCGGGAACUCCUGGUGUGGUUCAGACUGAAACACAGAACUAUUGUGCCGCUACUUGGCACCGCCUUGAUCGAAUCCCCAUUUCUGGCUCUCGUUUCCAAAUGGAUGCCAUCUGGGACAUUAUAUGUCUACCUUAAGGAAGCUACGACACUUACAGCUUCCGCUACAGUUGAAUUGGCCAAGGGCGUUGCCGAUGGCCUCCAGUAUCUGCACUCGGAGAACGUCGUUCACGGAGACCUUCAUCCCGCAAAUGUGCUUAUAGAUUGUUCAGGAAAUCCGCGCCUGAUAGAUUUUGGUCUUGCAACAGUCGUAGGAGAUGCAGAGUUGCAGUUGUCCAUAACGACCGCGAGCCGCAGCUUGGAUCCUCGAUGGCGUGCGCCCGAAGUCAUUGGAAUCGAUCCCGAUCUCGACCCUGAACGACCGACUUUCACGAGUGACAUCUAUUCUUUCGGUGGUAUCAUGUUUUUUGUGCGAUCUCAUUAUCUUUCUUGAACUUCAACCUAAGCUUUCUCCUCUCAGGUGAUCUCCGGGGAGAGGCCAUGGCAAAAGAAGCAACCGCAUCAUAUUUACGUUGAGCUGUCGAACAAAGCCAAUCCUGCGCGUCCCGACAAUAUCCUAGACAAUCAUUGGGACUUGAUUCAAAGAUGCUGGUCUUGGAAUCCGAAGGAUCGCCCAAGGGCUAUUGAAGUGUUUGAAU